ACGUUACCAAGAAAAAAUAAUUCAAGCAAAAAUGUUGUUUAGACAUAAGAGAACAUAUAAUACUCAGAUGAGCACCCUAUUCCCCAUUCUCAUACAAAUCCACACAGGGAUCUCAUCUCCAAAGACAGGUUCACUGAGGGACAGGUCGACUUGAGAAAAACAAACCGAAUCUUCAUAAUGAGCGGCUUUGCGUGGGUGAAGAUCAAGAGUGGUUGAACGAGACAGAUCUCCAACACUCUAUAGUCGCACACUCCUUUUAUUGUUGCAUUUGUUGCAUGUCAUUGGUGAAUCCGAGAUUAAAUGUGAUGCAAUAAUGCCAUCUCCAGAAUACCUGGGGGCGUCCGUGAAUCAUUAAGCAUCAACACACAUUUGCAUGAUUAUGCGCACACACAUAAAAGCACAAACCAUCUACUUCUGUUACAUAUACAGUACACACACACAUAACCAAAUAUAGGUGCAUUCUUCAACAAAAACGCAAAAACGAAUCUGUGAAAACUUGCAUUCGUGGGGAUGCUUUACUGGUGCUGUGAGAGGGGGUGUGUUUGACUCCCGCUGGAGGAGCCAGUCACGCUGAGGAUGCGUCAGGGAGCAUGUCUGCUGUAGGAAAGAGGCAUGAUAUGUUGUGUCAGAAGGCAGUGGCCCUCAUAGUUGACCUAUGCACUCGGGACAGCCCACAGCUGGACCACGACACCUGUGAGGAGUUUCUCUUUCACAUCUCCAAUCAAGAGUACAACCACAAAGAACCUGACAUCACUGUUGGCGUUCCCAUCGGCGUGAUAAUAGCGUGUGGCUUGGCACUGCUGUUGCUUACCACAUUUGUCUCCUGGAAGCUUUGCUGGGUUCCUUGGAGGAACAAAACGCUCUCAUCGAGUUCAGCAGCCCUCGCCCCCGAAGACUGCCCUUCGCUUCAGCUACCAUCUCUUUCGCAGAGUCCUCAGCCGUCCGAGGUCGCCAUGGCGACUGAGAAGGAAAAAUAUCCUUUGGCAUCAAUGGGCUUCCUGGAGGCAGCUGUUAAAAUAAGCCAAACAUCUCCAGACAUCCCUGCUGAGGUGCAGCGCUCCAUGAGGGAGCACUUUUUGAGGCGUACGCAGCGCAUGCAAAGACAGACCACCGAACCGGCGUCAUCCACCAGACACAGUUCAUUCAAACGUCACCUGCCCCGUCAGAUGCAGGUAAGCAGUCUGGACCUCGGGGACGACUACGAAGUGGACGAACAACCAACCAGCAUAGGUCGCAUCAAUCCCGAACUCUACAAGCAGAUCGGCACAAAGAACGAAGACUCCAGCAACGGUGAAAGUGGCAAAAACUGCGGGAAGAUUAAUUUUUCGCUCCGGUACGACUAUGAGAAUGAGAUGUUACUUGUUAAGAUACUCAAGGCUUUUGAUCUACCAGCCAAGGAUCUUUGUGGCAGCUCUGACCCUUACGUAAAGAUCUACCUGCUGCCAGACAGGAAACAGAAAUUCCAGACUCGGGUGCAUCGUAAAACGCUCAACCCCACAUUCGAUGAAUCCUUCCAGUUUCCUGUUACCUACGAUGAGCUGCCUGUCAGGAAACUCCAUCUGAGUGUUUUUGACUUUGACCGAUUCUCACGGCACGAUAUGAUCGGAGAGGUCAUACUGGACAAUCUGUUUGAAGUGUCUGAUCUCUCAAGAGAGACGUCCAUCUGGAAAGACAUUCAGUAUGCUACCUCUGAGAGUGUGGAUCUUGGUGAGAUCAUGUUCUCGCUCUGCUAUCUGCCUACGGCAGGCAGACUAACACUCACGGUCAUCAAGUGCAGGAACCUCAAGGCCAUGGACAUCACAGGAUACUCAGAUCCCUAUGUCAAAGUUUCCCUCAUUUGUGACGGAAGACGUCUGAAAAAGAAGAAGACUACCACAAAGAAAAAUACUUUGAACCCCACAUAUAAUGAGGCCAUUAUCUUUGACAUCCCUCCUGAGAGUAUGGACCAAGUCAGCUUAUACAUCUCUGUCAUGGACUAUGAUCUAGUGGGCCAUAACGAAAUAAUUGGUGUGUGCCGUUUGGGGAGUGGUGCUGAAGGUUUGGGUAGGGACCACUGGAACGAGAUGCUGGCAUACCCCCGUAAACCCAUUGCACACUGGCACCCCCUUCUGGAGCACAAGAAGUCUGAAAAAGAGUGGAAAACUAGGACGGCCAGUUUUGACAGUCAGGGGUCUUGUCCCUCCCCCAAACCUCCUGCCAGCCCUUGAUCAGAGCCAGAUGUAAACCCACAGCCUCGGCAUCUUCACUCUCUUGCCGAUGUCUGUCUGUCUGUCCGAGGAAAAGAAAGAGAGAGAAAUAUACUCCUGUUAUCCACUUUUCCCCACGGGUUGCAUCUGGAUGCUUCCCGAUAACCCUGAUCUAAGAUCAGACCUUGUCAUCUUUGCCCGUUGUUCCUCGUGUUCAGAAUGUUCCAGGCAAGAUCUUCAGUCGGCUCCUGGGGGUGUUGUGCAAACUACUUCUAUAUCUACCGUAGAAUACUCUACAAAGCCAACGUUGUGUUCCUAGAAUAGUUUGGUAUCGUCAGCAGAAAUGUUUCUUCCCCAGAUUGAAAUGUGACUGUGGUGUCCUGUAUUCAGUCUGUGUGCAGUACAACUUUCCACACAACACUGCAGAUCUUUGCGGAUGCGGCUGCUCAGAUCUUAGAUUUUGAAAGCAGGACCAAUCGACUUGGGAGACUGAGGUUUUGAGAACGUUGGCAGAAUGAUGAAGGUAAAUUAGAGGUUGAAAGAGAAAAAUAUUGUCUUAUGUGGGAAAGCAAAUGAAGAGAUUUGAGGAGCUCAGAUGCAAAAGGCGCUACAUGCCAUCUCCAUCAACAAUGAGAUAUUGACCGAAUUCUCUCGGCACUGUGUUCAUCAAAUACCUUCACUUCAAAUCCACUUAAUCACGGCCAUGGGCCAUUCAGAAAUUCGGCUUUGUUGGCAGAAUCCGCUAAAUAUCAAAGUGCACGAAAGAUGAAUUGGAUGAAUGAAAGUGACAAGCAAACGACCAUGGAUCACAUUUUAAAUUUGGGUACUUGGACCUGAAUACAACCCGUAUGUGGCAGUGACAUGGAUCACAGCCCCCUAAUGUGUGGUUCAGUUUAUUCAUUUUUACAUUCAUCAUUUGUAAUGUUUCUAGUUGCAUAUGUAGUGAUUUUGCAAUUGUUUACUAUGUCUUGCCCAAAGAAGUGAAUUUUUUUUUUUAGAAGAGGAGGUUUUUGCCAAAAAAGCUUGCAUGCAUUUUGCAGCAAAAGACAAAUUUCCAAUGAAAUGAAUAAGGCAUUUCAAUAACUGACUUAUAGCAUUUUCAUUGCCACUACUGUGAGAAAAACAUAAGAGCCUGAUAAAAAAAAAUGCUCAGUUACAAAAAAACAUGCAGAUGCACUUAAAGGGUUUUGCAUCUGAACUCCUCAUUUGUUAUCUGCUAAGCUAUGAACAUUUUAUCUUUAAAAUCCUGUAUGAAUAUAAACUGCGUGAAGGUAUGAAGAAUAUAAAAAAUAGCAGUUUAUUGAUGUUGUAUAAAUGUUAUAUGUGAAAAAGAGACUACAUUUUCUCAGAGCACAAGAAUCACGAGAAAACAGAGAUGGUUUACAUGUAAAAACACACAAAAACACUUCAUAUGUAGCUGAGGAAAUCUAUUUGAUUACAUGAAUAUUCAUGUGUAUACCAGGAGUACAAAACUGGGCAUUUGAUGUAAGAGUUAAAACAUCUGUCUUGGUUAAUGAGUUUUUCGGUUUGCUUUUUAAGGAGGUGAAGCAGAAAAGUAGCAUUGCAUUUAAUAGAUUCAAUUACUCUUUGAACCCUCCCAACGUUCCAUUUUAAACGUCUUAUGUUAACAUCUCAUUCAGUUGACAUCUUUUAUUGUGAGUUUAAUUGGACUGUCAAAAUGUUCCAUAUUUUGCUGGAAAAUGUCUAGGGUAAGGAUUAUAUGCCUGCAUUUCCCCCCCGCACUAUAUGACAAGAGCAGGGUUGAUAUUGCAUCAAAAAAUUAUGAGGUAUUUAAAAGUAUUCUUCUAGUAGGUUUUAUAUGGUUUGUUUUAUUGGACACCAAUCAAUCAUAUUUUGUUUAUGAUGAUGUGAGGAAAUACAUACAAGUGCAAGUACAUACAGUCUAUAUCCAGAACAGCUGUAACGUAGAAAAUAUUGUGAGUUAACAAAAAUCCUUAAAGGGGCAUGAAAAUCCAAGUAUAUAUAUCGCUGCAGCCCUGAGACUGCAUGUGGGAGGAGCUUAUGCCACAAGGGGGGAGGAGCUUAUGCCGCAAGUAGGAGGGAUUUCAGAAAUGUGCAAGUAGGAGAAGUUUCCGCUUCAAAUGGGACGGUGGUGAAUCCUCUGGAAGUUUGUACAGCCCACUUGCGGCUAAAGCUCCACCCACUUGCUGCUAACCCACCCAUUUGCAGCUGGCUCCGACCUCUGUUUAUACCCGUUUCUGAAAAUCAGACUUUUUCCAUGCAAGUGCUAUGAUUGGGUCCCCAGUGUUAAUUGCACAAUUGAGUUUUAAUUGCAACAAACCACCAUCAUUGUGAUAAGUGUUUGAAUUUCAUCAGCUCAUUUGCAUUUUAAAGGACACACCCAAAACGGCACAUUUUUGCUCACUACAACAAAGUGUCAAUUUUAACAUGCUAUAAUAAAUUAUUUAUAUAGUAUUUUGAGCUAAAACUUCACAUAUGUGCUCUGGGGACACCAAAGAUUUAUUUGACAUCUUAAAAAAGUCUUGUGCCAUGGCCCCUUUAAUAUAUAAAUGAUCAUUUCCAAAAUGAACACGAUGCAAUCUUGUUCAGGAAUAAAAUUUAUAUCAUUUAGAGCUGGACAAUGCAGGUAAAAUAAUCAUUAAUGCUACUUUUUGAGCAAAAUUCAACAAUUAAGUUGCUUUUAUAACCAUAUUUUAUUUAUUUUUCUGAUUUGGAAAUAAUCUUUGUCUGAUUUACUGCCUACUGUCAUUUUGUUUUACAUUGCUAUUUACAACAUCAAGGAAAUAUAAAUUGAAUGGACUUGUUACUCUUUAAAGGGACACUCCACUUUUUUUGAAAAUAUGCUAAUUUUCCAGCUUCCCUAGAGUUAAACAUUUGACUCUUGCCGUUUUGCAUUCAGAUGAUCUCCGGGUCUGGCGCUAC